AAUGCCCCAAAAGGAAUUGUUGGUGAAUGUACAAACACAGGAGGAGGAUAACUUACUAAAUCCAAUGCCCCAAAAGGAAUCGUUAGUGAAUGUACAAACACAGAUGGAGGAAAAUGAAAUGGGAUUGAGGAGAUAUACAAAUGAAGAUCAAAUUAAUGAAAAUAAUAAUUCUGUUGAAGUUGUAAAUGUAAAUGCUACCUCCAAAGACCGUCCGCUGAAAAGGUUUUGUUGCUGUAAUUCCAAUGAAGUGGAAGGCUUAAACAUUGAUGAAUUUCCAGAAGGAUGCAAAAAACGCCCAAAAUUGCUUUUGGAAAAUGAAGAACAACAACGUGAUAAAAACCAAAACAAAUCAUUAACGCCACCUUCACCAAAAAUAAACAAAGAAGAUAAAGAAAAGAAGAAAAAGAGGGAAAUAGAAUUGUAUCUGGAAGAAGAUGAAGUGGUUCAAGUAAUGAAAAUGAACCAGUUGUUGGCACUCAUGACUUCAAAAAGAGAUUGAACUUCUGCCUCUAAAUUUCUUUGUGAUCAUUUUAAUGAAUUUUCUGUCCGUCCAUUAAUUCUUUGUUCUUCUGAAGAGGCUGUUGUAAUUUCAAUAAUUGAUUAUGUUAAAGAAAUCCACGACUCUGACUCACUCAUUCAACGCUUAACUGAUUUAAACAAAAAAGAACGACGUGCAAUUUUUCCUGAAUAUUGGACUCAAGACAAACGUUUGGAUGGAUUUUCUAAAGGAAAUUUGAAAAAAAAGGAAAAUUUCAGAUUUCUCCAGAAAAUUAUUUGGAAGCUUUUGUUGAAUUUGAUAUGGAGGAUCAAUGGUUUGUCCAGGUGCCUGUUUAUGGGCAUUUUGUGGCUCCGGCUCCGAUCUUUUUCAAACUUUGGCUCCAUGUUCUAGCUCCUGGUUUCGGCUCCGGGCACUUUAAAAUUCUUAGCUCCGCUCCCGGAGCCAUGCCCAGCAUUGUUUUCAACCCUAUUUUCUUUCUAUUCUUUUUUCAGGUUUUACCCUCAGCACGUAUUGUUGGCAAUCUACGACGAAAUUGGCGUCAUUAUUGUCUGUUGGAACAUGGAAGUGCCUUAUGACGAAUUUUCUCCAGCUGUUCUUGCAUGUCUUCCUGAAGUUUAAUGAUCUACACAUCCUUUGUAUCCUCCAAAACGUGAAGAUUUGACGUCUUUGGAUAUUUGUUCUGUUGAUCCAGAAG